AUGGAUCGAGUCUAUGAGCUUGAGCAACGCAAUGAAGCCCUUCUGGCAAAGAUGCAGGCUCAGAAAGUGGCCACUCAACAUGAGGCGCAAGUGUCAACGAAGAGGAAGGCGAAUGGGAACUCGGGUGCUUGCAAAAGAGCAAAGACACAAGGAAACCUGCAGACUCAGGCCCUCGAGACUGUUAUUGGAAGAUAUAAGCUUGUCGGACAAAAAUAUUAUAUAGAAGAACCUUCUGGGGCAUUCAUGCGGCAUUUCUACACUCUCCAGAAAGCCAUUCAACGAAGGCCCAGUCGUUCAAAUAUUGUGCAGGCCGCAAUCUGCCUAUGUCAGGUGGCAACGAAGGAUCUGCUCAGCGCGGUUUGUGAGAAGAAAGAGACUGGCUUGCGUGCUAGCAAAAAGUCCCUCCUUCAGACAGGGCAGCCCAAGUUGACGCAGGUUAUGCGCAGUGUCGAAUGCGCUUUCGGUCUUCUUCUCCAAGCAUUGCAGAAACUACCGGAUUCGGAAAAUGCUCCCCAAGACAAGGGCCGGCUCAAGUAUCAUCUAGUUGAACUGUAUCAAGCUAUAGCAACUACGCUGGAACGAUACUGCGUUACCAAGUCUGCCCAGACUUCUCCAGGCACGGUUUCAAAAUCGUCGAAGAACAAACAGAGUAAAAGGUCAAAAGGUGGAAAGGCUACCCAGAGCUUGGAGCCUUCGACUUCCGAGAUCACAGAUGAGGUAGCCAACCAGCUCAGUCAACUGCUCGGUACAAUGGCGCUCUCCCUAGAUCUAUCUUGCCCAGAUCACCAAGGGCUCUUUGAAGGGUUUUUGUUCACUCUACUCAAUCGUGUGGGUACCCUCUUAUGUAUAUUUGUCUUCCAGGAUUUGCAAUUGCGACCCGAUCUUCAUGUGAAUAUGACAAAACUCCCGCUACCCCAAGGUUUGGUUGGAGUCGAGCUGGAUGAUCAGUCCUUGCGUGCUGCACAAGUCGAGGCAAGAUAUCUGGUGUGGCCGGUGGAAAGAGCUCUAGCCUUACUGGAUAUGGCACCGGCGCCACAAAAGACUGGCGGGACGAUGGAAUUUGUAACCACCACCAGGCAGAAGCUACAGGGCACUCUCCUUCAGGCGGUCUUCGGAUCCGACAAGUCUAUGUUUCCGCAUACGUUACAGCUUCCCGAAAAGCUUGAUCCACGGACACUUACGAGCUUGCCGGCUUGUACUUAUAUUACUGAACAGUCUGUUCCCGAGUGGUUCACGCGGGAAAUCUGGAGGUUGCUGGGGUGGGAGUUACUUGUGAAUAAAGGGUCCCUCAAGGACUAG